UAUAACUAAUCUUAUCACUCGUCUAAUUCUUUUGCAAACUUUAAAAUAAUGGGUUUCAAAGUAAAUAUUGGUGUUGCCAUUUUUAGUGUUAUGCUGCUUCUCGUUUUCUCAGAUUCGACUCGCGUUUCCAACACAAUCGAUGUCCCACGUGAUGAGGGCAAAGGGAGUAAUGAGUCUGUAAAUGAUUCCAAAUGUUUUGGAAAAUUAUACCAUAGAGGUUUUAAACACGGUGAAUACGGACUAGGAGGAGGAGGAGGAGGCGGCGGUUACAAUGAUUAUGGUGGCGGAGGCGGAGGCAGAGGCGGUGGGAGUGGCUAUGGAGAAGGUGGAGGCGGUGGGAGUGGCUAUGGAGGUGGUGGUGGUAGCGGCUAUGGGGGUGGUUCUGGCAGCGGUGGUGGCGGUGGUAGCGGCUAUGGAGGUGGUUCUGGCAGCGGAGGUGGUGGUGGUAGCGGCUAUGGAGGUGGUUCUGGUAGCGGUUCUGGUGGUGGUUAUGGUGGUGGUGGUGGUUAUGGCGGUGGAGAUGGCUAUAAUGGUAAUAGAGUUGGUUCGGACGUCGUCAAUCCAUCUAUAGAUACUGAGAAGACAACUUCCAUCGUCAACCAAGAAGGGUACAGAAGGAGCUAUGGCGGAGGGGGUCAUGGGGGUGGCUAUGGGGGUGGCCAUGGGGGUGGCUAUGGGGGUGGCCAUGGGGGUGGUGGAGGAGGUGGCUAUGGGGGUGGCCAUGGGGGUGGAGGAGGAGGUGGCUAUGGGGGUGGCCAUGGGGGUGGAGGAGGAGGUGGCUAUGGCGGUGGCCAUGGGGGUGGAGGAGGAGGUGGCCACGGGGGCGGCUAUGGGGGUGGAGGGGGUGGCAAAUAA